UAGUUGGAUGGAUAACGGCAGAGCCCAGCGAGCUUCUGCGAGGUGUGUGAUUGUUGAAUUUGUUGCGUUCGUUAAACCCAGAAGAGAAAAUACUCAGAAAGUGAGAAGUUUCACAGAAUAUCAAUCCUAAACCAUGGCGAUGCAAUCAAGGGCUUUAACAAUAGAGGACGGCAAGGAACCUUCUGCCUUACCCAAGACAAUCCAAUCGAGGGUUUUUCCAGUAAGGAUCUUGCAGUUCUUUGGGUUGUUUCUCAUUCUGGGUCUUGGAUUUUCUAUCAUUAGUAUGUUUAUGAUCCGUUACUGGGGAGUUCAGAACGUUGUUAGCACAGCAAGGUCUGAGUUCCAACCCUGCUUGGAAGAGCCUGGUAGUUUAGUGCGUUGGAUCAGGCCUCAAUCUAAUCUGAUGCACACUAUGACUGAUAAGGAACUGUUCUGGCGAGCGUCACUCGUUCCUCAAAUAAACGAGUAUCCAUUUACGAGAGUUCCUAAGAUUGCUUUCAUGUUCCUGACGAGGGGGCCCUUGCCGCUUUCACCUCUUUGGGAGAGGUUCCUCGAGGGUCACGAAGGGUUCUAUUCAAUCUAUGUUCAUUCUCUGCCAUCUUACGAGGCCAAGUUCCCGUCCACCUCCAUUUUCUAUCGGAGACAGAUUCCUAGCCAGGUGUCUGAGUGGGGCAAGAUGAGUAUGUGUGAUGCUGAGAGAAGACUUCUAGCAAAUGCAUUGCUUGACAUCUCCAAUGAAAGGUUCGUACUUGUGUCAGAGUCUUGCAUUCCUCUCUUCAACUUCAGCAUUGUCUACCACCAACUAUUGAGAUCCAAGUAUAGUUUUGUUGGUGCAUUUGAUGAUCCUGGGCCCUAUGGUAGAGGACGCUACAAUGAGAACAUGGCACCUGAGGUUAUUAUCACACAGUGGCGCAAAGGGUCCCAGUGGUUUGAGAUUAACCGUAAGCUUGCAAUUCAUGUAGUGGGAGAUACCAUAUUUUACCCAAAGUUUGAGGAGUUCUGUAAACCAGCAUGUUAUGUAGAUGAGCACUAUUUUCCUACGAUGCUGACCAUUCAGGCACCACAUCACUUAGCAAACAGGAGCCUCACUUGGGUGGACUGGUCAAGGGGUGGUGCUCAUCCUGCUACUUUUGGGAAAGCUGAUAUCACAGAGGAUUUCCUGAAGAGAAUUCUUGAAGGACAGAACUGUCUUUAUAAUGACCAGCCCUCUUCUGUCUGUUUCCUUUUUGCCAGGAAGUUUGCUCCAAGUGCUUUGGAGCCUUUGUUACAGCAGGCACCAAAGUUUUUUGGGUAUUGACGUUUGAUCAUUGAGCUUUAUUUCUCAAUGGGAAAAGAGGUUCUGGUUGUAAAAAAUGGGAUCUGGUAGAGCAAAUGAUUCUUAUGCCUUGCAUGUUGGAGGUCUUCUCCAAAAUGCUUUAUGGUGUAUUACCAUGAUAUUGAAGAAGAGACUAGUUAUCACAUGCUUUAAUGUAUGAUACUUUUUGUCACGAACGGCUAGUAGACUAAGGCCGCGUGACAAAUUGCUCUCCUUUAACUUCGUUUCAGAAAGAUACAAGUAACCGCUGUAUAAGCAAUUUUCUGAUGUACAGACUUCUAGCUUUCGGGUAUUAGUAUUCAACAUCCAUUCUUGUAUCAUAAUUUAUAGUAUUCAUUUUUGUUCUCUUUUUCAAUUUCUACUUGUAAUGUAAUAUUGUUACAUUUUCGUCCCGUUUUUGCAAUGGUAUAAUGGGUAAUUUUUAGUUGACUGAACAUUUGGAGUAUUUGCAAUGUUGCAAUUGUGUUCUUGUAUCCUGUUCUUCAUCAAUCAAGCUUUUUUUUCAGGUUUAUUCAA